AUGGACCAGUAUCCUCUCGGUCCCGACGGAUGGGCUGGAUUCGUGUGGCCAACCGAGAGUCCACCGGCUCCCGCCCCUUUUGCAGCACCUGCAGAGGUCACUGGAGCGUUCCCUAACAGAGUUCUGGCACGCAGCAACGCAGGGCUUAUGAUCAUUCCGGAGUCGCCAACUACUGGCGCGCCCAUUCUGAUCCGCAAUACCGACGAGAGAACCAUCCAGGUGAUGGUGCUGGCCUCAAACCAGCCAGGCGCCACCGGUUCAUCCUCUGGCCACCGGCGCGUCAUCAUCAAUCCAAAUCCCACUCAUGCCGCUGGACCUUCCGUUCCCACUGCGCACGGUGCUGGCCACCGGAUCGACACACCUGCCACCACAUCUUCGGAGAAAUCCCACACCAGCUCCCACUUCUCCCUCGAGGGCCUCCCGGACAACCACCCGCUGCGGCGCAUCCGCGCCGCGGAGGUGCGCCGCCAGGCGGCCGCCAUCCCGCUCGCCACGCAGCCGGCGCCGGACUACCCGCACCGCUUCCGCAACCGGGAGCGCAUCCGGCUGCGCGACAACCGGGGGCCGCUGAUCGAGCACCCGCUGGCGCCCGAGGGCCGCGGGCCGUGGGUGCCGGCGCACGGGCGGCGCGCCGCGGGGCCCGCGCGCAUCAUCGUCAGCGAGGCCAACCGCUCCCGCCCGGAGGUCGUGUACCACGACCCCCAGCGGGCGGUGCCCGAGGGGUCGACGCAUCAGCCGUUCGCCGUGGCGGUCUAUCGGGCGAGGACGGAGCGGAGGGUGGCCGCCGCGGCGGAGGUGGAGGAUGACGACGGGGAGGGGAAGGAUAAAAAAAAGGGGAUGGACAAGGGAAAGGGGGAAGAUGACGACGGGAAGGGAAAGGGGAAGGGGAUGGACAAGGGAAAGGGGGAAGGGAAGGGAAAGGGAAAGGCGAAGGGGACGGAGACUGCGGAGACUUGGGAGGAAAUCAUGGAGGACGACUCCGACCCGGCUACGGGCACUGAGUGA